UUUCCUUUUUUAAGAUUGGGCCGUGACUCUCACCAAAAGGCCCAAUUGUUAUUCGUCAUCCACAUAUAAAAUCCAAGCUCAAAGCCAAAACCCUAGCCCUUCUUAUUGCUCCGUCUCUCCUCCAACUCUGACCGAUCCAGAGUUGAAGCAGGUAAUGGCUCCAGCACAGCCGAAAACCGGGCUCUUUGUGGGAUUGAACAAAGGGCACAUAACCACCAAGAAAGAAUUGGCUCCACGCCCUUCUGAUCGCAAAGGAAAAACCAGUAAGAGGGUGCACUUUGUUAGGAACUUGAUCCGUGAAGUUGCUGGGUUUGCACCGUAUGAGAAGAGAAUCACUGAGCUUUUGAAGGUUGGCAAGGACAAGCGUGCACUGAAGGUAGCUAAAAGAAAGUUGGGAACCCACAAGAGGGCAAAGAAGAAGCGUGAGGAGAUGUCUAAUGUCCUUCGCAAGAUGAGGUCUGGUGGUGGAGCUACUGAGAAGAAGAAAUGAGGGGGAUGUUUGAUAUUUUCAUAGUUUUGUUUAGAGAUUCACCUAUGCUAUGUGUUUCCUAGUAUCGAGACUUGAAAUUUUGAUUUUACAAAUUCUGUUUUGUGUUGAAUAUUCAAGCUGAGAAGUGGGACAAGCUGCUUUCCCACUUUGUUGGCUCGUGUUAUUUUCAAGGUCAUCAGCCACUUUGGUUUAGCUUAAUGCAAGUAACGGUUCUUUUGCAA